CAGCUCAGUACCAAUGACAGAGCCUGCCUACCUCACCAGUUUGUCCAGACAUCAACCAAUCAGAGGAUGGGAAAAUGCUGAUGUUACUCUAAGCCUGCCAGCUGGCCCUGUGAGGUGAGUCUGAAAUCUGUUAGUGUACUAAUAGUGUUUGAGUGUCAUGAGCCAGCACUACUGAUUCUGAAGGCCAUGGGCAGAUUACAUUGACAUGGCAGCACACGGACGCUGAAAUCCGAUUCAACAAAAAAAUCCAACAUACACAUACACUACAGGAAGCAGUGCAGCCAAGAGACACUCUACAAAAUGAAGAUAAUAAUAGACUGUUGGGAACAAAUGAAUGCAAUUUCAAGGAACAAAUACUAGAAUUUAAGUUGUAAAUCCGGUGAUUGGCUGGUGACCAGUCCAGGGUGUAUCCCUCGUCUCGCCCAAAGUCAGCUGGGAUAGGCUCCAGCAUUCCCCUCGAGCCAAGUGAGGACAAGCGGCCUAUUAAAUGAAUGAAUUUUGUAAAUGUAGCUCAGUGCUUCGGGUAGUGUUUAGGCCAGCAGAGAAGGCUUUGCUGGCCCUAACAGCACACUUUGUAGAGCAAUGGAUGUGGGAUUCUGGAUCUUUCAUUUUCUUAUAUCUUUAAUUUCUCUAAUCACUGUACAGUACUGGGAGAAGUAUAUUUCAAAUAAAUAAACAAACAAAUGAAAAUAAAAUAAGCCAAAUUAUAACAAAGCUUUAUUGCAUACAACAACAAUGUUAAUGCAAUUCCUCAGAUAAAGUAAGGCUAAAUGCCACCGAAAAUAUUAAUAGGCACAGCAGAUCAUAUGCAAAUAUGACCCAUUGGCAGGUGAGCAAUAUCAGGGAUACCAUCAAAAUGUAUGAUUCAAAAUGAGAAAAUGCUUGCUGUAGAACAUCAUUCUCACAACAUAUAGUGCAUGUAAUUCUGUAAGAGUAGGUCUUCAUUGAUCUGUUCCCACCCCACGCUCCCUCCCGUCCCACGGCUUGGGCGAUGCGUCUGGCUGGAGGGAAUGGGAAGCUUCUCCCUCCUCAGCUGAUGUUAUUCCCACCGUGAGCAAACCUCCGGGAUCCCAGGCAUGAAAGCGGUCUUCCUCGCCCUCACGGCUGCGCUCCUGUGGCCAAGCGGCGGCCACUCAUCUUUCAUUCAACCGUUCAGCGACUGCGCCCAAAGCCGCGGGAGAGGCGUCUUGUACCGGGGCGCCAUCGACGUCACCGAGGCCGGCGCGCGGUGCAUGAACUGGAGCGAGGUGGGCGGCUUCACGGAGCGACACCCGGGGAAAGGAAUAGGGGAGCACAAUCAGUGCAGGAAUCCUGACGGUCGAAUCCGACCAUGGUGUUUCUUCCGGAACCAGAGAGGCAGAGUUGACUGGGGAUACUGCGACUGUAAACAAGGCUCAGUCCGCCUGCAAGGGGGGCGCUCCAAGCUGGAGGGCAGGGUGGAGGUAUACCUGGGCGGCGUGUGGGGCUCCGUGUGCGCCAAUGACUGGCAAGAUGAAGACGCCAUGGUUGUGUGCAGACAGCUAGGCACAGGCUUCUCAGGCCGCGCUCAUGCCGUCGCACUACCUCAUCUGAGCACGGCCAAGUUCCACUGGCAAGGUGUCCACUGCCGGGGAGAUGAGCCAGAUCUUCUCCAGUGUCGUAAAGCCAUGUGGAAUGGGGGGGAGUGCAGUCUGGUUGCGGCUGUUACCUGCACCAAGCAGCAAGAUGCAUUGAUGUUGCCUGUUCGGCUGGUGGGAGGACGCUCAGGGUCAGAGGGCACGGUUGAGGUCUUCCAUGCAGGCCAGUGGGGCUCCAUAUGUGACGACCAGUGGGAUGACAGUGAUGCAGAGGUGGUGUGCCGACAGUUAGGGCUGAGUGGUGUAGCAAGGGCAUGGGGCCAGGCCCAUUUUGGACAGACUUCUGGCCGUGUGUGGCUGGACGAGGUGAGAUGCACAGGAAAUGAGCUCACUGUGGAGCAGUGUCCCAAAAGUGCCUGGGGGGAACACAACUGUCUCCACUCUGAGGAUGCUGGAGUAUCCUGCAGCCCUUUGACAGAUGGCAGUGCUCGGUUAGUGGGUGGGGCCAGGAGCUACGAGGGACGCUUAGAAGUCUUCUACCGUGGUCAGUGGGGGACAGUGUGUGAUGAUGGCUGGACUGAUGCUAACACGCAAGUGGUGUGCCGCCAACUAGGAUACAGGUUAGGCCAAACUCUGGUCCCUGAAGGACUAGAUAUCACCCCGGUUCCUCGCUUUGGUGUGGCGUCAGGUCCUAUUCUCCUGGAUGAUGUGAGCUGUACAGGCAAGGAGCCCAGCCUGUUGCUGUGCAAAAGGAAGGAAUGGCUCCGUCAUGACUGCACACACCAUGAAGACGUGAACAUCGCGUGCAACCCAGAGCGCCUUGGAGACGGGAUUCCAGCUAGUGUUGCGGUUAGGCUGGUGGGAGGAGAAAGCCCCAGAGAAGGGCGGGUCGAGCUCUACCUGUCUGGCCAGUGGGGGACGGUAUGUGACGAUGGAUGGACUGAUCAGGAUGCUGUAGUUGUGUGUCGACAGAUGGGAUACAGCGGGGUGGCCAAGGCCCGUGUGAUGGCGUAUUUCGGCGAAGGGACGGGACCCAUUCACGUGGACAACGUGGAGUGCAGCGGCGACGAACGCUUCAUAGCCGACUGCAUCAAACAGGCGCCCGGCACACACAACUGUCGCCAUAGUGAGGACGCCGGCGUCAUCUGCGACUACGGGGAGCCCCAGUUUGGCUACAAAGAGGUCAAAGAUCCUGCUCAUGCAGUUUGCGGUCUACGCCUCAUCCACACUCGUCAGCGGCGAAUCAUCGGAGGAGAAAACUCUUUGAGGGGUGGCUGGCCAUGGCAGGCUGCUAUACGAUUGCGAGGGUCCCGAGGAGACGGGCGCCUGGUGUGUGGAGCCACACUGAUUGACACCUGCUGGGUCCUCACUUCGGCACACUGCUUCAAAAGGUAUGGAAACAGCACCAAGCAGUACAAAGUCAGAGUGGGUGACUAUCACUCCCUCGUCCUUGAGGAGUACGAGGAGGAGUACGGCGUUGAUCAGAUUGUCCUCCAUCCGAGUUACCGCUCCCACAGCAGCGAUUACGACCUGGCCUUGGUGCGUCUGUCGCCGGGGGCGGUGGGCCACACGGCGGGGGAGUGUGUGUCAUUCAGCCGUCACGUCCUUCCUGCCUGUCUGCCCCUGAGGAAGGAGAGAGCGCUCAAACAAGCCAGUAACUGUCACAUCACCGGCUGGGGUGACACAGGCCGCUCAUACUCCAAGACCCUUCAGCAGGCACCACUCUCCCUCCUGCCGCGCCGCCACUGCCAGCGGCACUUCGAAGGUGCUUUCACCAGCCGCAUGCUGUGCGCCGGCAGCGUCCGGGAAGACAGGCGCGUGGACAGUUGCCGCGGCGACAGCGGCGGGCCUCUGGUGUGCGAGCGCCCGGGAGGGGGCUGGGUGGUUUACGGGGUCACCUCCUGGGGCCACGCCUGCCGGACGCAGCGCUCGCCCGGCGUUUAUACCAAAGUGUCCUCCUUCAGCUCCUGGAUACACAAGAUGAUGGGGCGGAGUGAUGCCAAAUAUGAAAGGCAGUGACCUGAUUGGUCGGCGACUGCCAGCAUGUCACAAGCACUUAUUUCAAUAAGCUGCAAAUCUUCCUUAAUACGCAUAUCUCUUUUUGUUUGUUUUUUUCUCUAUUUGUUAUGACGUUGUAACUUAUAUUUUGAUAAAUGUUGACUGCUAAAAGGGGACCACACAUACAACAACACGCAUGCUAGGUGAUUGCAUGAGCGACUUUGCAGAUUUGCACUCAAUCGUCUGUUCUUUUGUCGUUUCUUUUUUAACUUUCAGGUCACAGUCGGUACUCAGGCAUUGAAAUGCAAUCAGUUUGUCCUUGUGAGGAGUGUCAAAGCACACGACAGCAUGUCUGCUAUUGAUUUGUCAUAUUGACUUACUGUGUGUGCACAUUUAUUCUGCUAGGAGAUUUGACAGAUAUUCUGAUACACUUGAAAAAGGACACACGCACUCCUUAUUUUGUCUGUGUAUGUUUCAGUGUAGCCUUUAGAAGUAAACUCAAAUUUUGUAUUAAAACUGUGUUGUCAGUGUAACAGCGGCUGCAACAAGGGAGCACUUUCUUCGCAGUUCUGUUCCAGGCUGCAAACUGACAAAAGUGAGCACCGACUUCUCAGAAAAUGUGCAUGCGCACCAGCACACACGCAUGCUUAGUGUCACCGGUAUGUGGCACCAUGUCUACAGGAAUAGCUGCCAUUUUCAGACACAUCCCCAUUUACUGAAACAGCCAGAGAAACAUGGCAACACAUUUAAGAAUGGCACUGAGAAGAUGACUGACGAAAAUAAGCAAUGACACAAAUAAGCAACGGUGUUACUUGUGUCUCUCACUAAGAUUCUUCUAUAAAUACUUUAUUUUUUUUUUAACUCGUGACUCUGGCAUUGAUAGCUUCAUAUUCCCUGUGUUGGACAAGGGCGCCAUCGUGUGGGUACGUACAGGUAAGCCCCAAAUUAUUCUAUUCAUUUAUAUUUUAAUACUCGCGGGUUUUAGUGAAAUAAAUUAAUAAAUAAGUACAGCAUAUACAGUGGUGUGAAAAAGUGUUUGCCCCCUUCCUGAUUUGUAAUUUGUUUGCAUGUUUGUCACACUUAAAUGUUUCAGAUCAUCAAACAAAUGUAAAUAUUAGUCAAUGACAACACAACUGAACACAAAAUGCAGUUUUUAAAUGAAUCUUUUUAUUAUUACGAGAGAAAGAACAUGUAAACCUACAUGGCCCUGUGUGAAAAAGUGACUGCCCCCCCACCCCCGUUAAAAAAUAACUGGUUUAUCACCCUGGGUUCUAUUUCUCUAGCCACAACCAGGCCUGAUUGCUGCCACACCUUUUGCAAUUUUUAAGAAAUCAGGUAAAUAGGACCUGCCUGACAAAGGGAAGUAGACCAAAAGAUCCUCAAAAGCUGGACAUCAUGCUGAAAAAUUCAGCAACAAAUGCGAAACAAAGCAAUUGAGAUUAUAAGUCUGGAAAAGGUUAUAAAGCCAUUUCUAAAGCUUUGAGAUUCCAGUAAACCACAGUGAGAGGCAUUGCCCACAAAUGGCAAAAACACUGAACAAUGGCCGGCCACCAAAAUUAUCCCAACAGCGCAGCGACGACUCAUUCGAGAGGUCACAAAAGUCACAAAACUCCACAACAACAUCCAAAGAACUGCAGUUAAGGUCAGCGUUCAUGACUCCACCAUAAGAACGACACUGGGCAAAAACGGCCUGCAUGGCAGAGUUCCAAGACCAAAACCACGCUGAACAGAAAGAAAAUUAUGGCUUGUCUCAAUUUUGCCAGAAAACAUCUUGAUGAUCCCCAAGACCUUUGGAAAAAUAUUCUGUGGUCUGACGAGACAAAAUUUGAACUUUUUGGAAGGUGUGUUUCCCAUUACAACUGGCGUAAAAGCAACGCUGCAAGUUGAAAUAAUAAAGAAAAAAUUAUUUGCUGUUUUCUUUCAAUUUUAAUCUUCUUUAAAUUUGUAAUAUUAUGAGGAACAAAAUAAAAUUGUAAUUUUUUAGAAAAUUAGGCUGUGGAAAAAGAAUGUUAGGACAAUAAUGUCAAAAUAUUACGGGAAUAAAGUUACAAUUACAAGGAGAAAAUUUUAAAGACGAAAGUUGAAAAAUUAAAAAAAAAAAACAACAGCAGCUGUAGUUGUACAAAAUAAAGUCAAAAUAUUAAGAGAAAAAAAGUCAUUCAAAAAAGAAAAAAAAAUGCACUUUUACGAGUAAUAAUAGCAUGAGGAAAAAUAAAGUUCUUUUAGUAGCAUAGAGGUGAGAUAUUAAAGACAUAAAAAAAAUUAAUGAAGUCAUAAUAUUAUGAGAAGUGCCAUGCGGUGGUUGAGUGGUUAGCAUGUUGGCCACACAGUCAGGGGAACUGGAAGACCUGGGUUGAAAUCUGGAAUCUCAGAAUCACCGCUUGGGCAUCACUGUGUGGAGUUGUGCCCUGCGAUUGGCUGGCGACCAGUCCAGCAUACCCACAACCCUAGUGAGGAUAAACAGCAUAGAAAAUGGAUGGAUGGAUGGAUAUGAUGAGAAACUAACAAGUAAAAAAAAAUAUUUGUUAUUAUUUGACUAAUUUUUAAAAAGGAUUGCAUGUCCAAAGUUAUGCCGACCCAUAAUGAUGUAAUAAUAAUAAUAAUAUUUAUAUAUUAUUUAUAAAGCGCUUUUCGGGAUACUGAACAUCAACACAUAAUUUCCCAAUACAAAUAUUUUAAAAAAUCAAGAAAGUAGUCCUUAUUUUUUGUCAACUUCUUGUCUUAUUUAUAGUUAUUACAAGCAAAUUAUAUAACAAAUAUUUAACCGCGUCACAAAACAAUGCAGGUGCGUUUUGAAAUUUGUCCCACAAAUUAACGCUCGACAAUAUUAUUGUCAACAUUAUUGAGACCAAAUAAACCACUAAUGCUUUGAUUACAGAUAAUAAUAAUGUCUGGCGACCAGUCCAGGGUGUGCCCCGCCUCUCGCUCAAAGUCAGCUGGGAUAGGCGCCAGCAUACCCCCGCUACCCUAUUGAGGACAAGCGGCAUAGAGGGUGGAUGGAUGGAUAAUAAUAAUGCAAUAUUUCCGUUAAUAUGUCAUGUU